UGUUCUUGGUCAUGGAAUGUUGUCCUAGGUAUUUAGAGUAUUAAGCAGCAUCCCUGGCCUCCACCCAGGAGCACUUCCUCCUGUCACUCAUGACAUCCCAAAAUGCCUCCAAAUGCCAAAGGAGAAUUGCUGGAUGUUCCUGGUGUGUGUAUGGUGGUAGUGGGUGUGUGUGUGUGUGUGUAAGAAUCAUCCCCAGCUGUAAACCACUGGGUAAAAGUAUGAAAAAGUGGUGUUCAUUGGGUCAGAAGAUAUCACAGAGGUCAUCCCUAAUUCAUCUCAUUUACAGACAGGGAAACUGAGGCCCAGAGAAGUGAAGGUCUGGAUGUUUCCAUCUGCCUGGGCAUUUCUGAGCCUGACUCCAGCAGCCUAGCUCUUAUGCCACCACCCAGAGCCUCAGAACAAAAGCAAAACUGAUAAUGAUUACAAUGUGACUUACAUCUCAGCUUCCUUUCAUGCUACCCUCUCAGCUCUCAGGCUCAUCCCACUUCAAGCCAGCCCCUGUUUUUGGCUCCCAUGGGGACCACCGAAGCCACACUCCGGAUGGAAAAUGUGGAUGUGAAGGAAGAGUGGCAGGAUGAAGAUCUUCCCAGGCCGCUUCCAGAAGAGACUGGGAUGGAAUUGCUGGGUAGUCCAGCAGAAGACACAUCCUCACCUCCCAACACACUGAACUUCAGUGGAGCCCACCGGAAGAGGAAAACGCUGGUGGCCCCGGAGAUCAACAUCUCCCUGGACCAGAGUGAGGGCUCUCUACUGUCCGAUGACUUCUUAGAUACCCCUGACGACCUGGACAUCAACGUGGACGACAUCGAGACACCUGAUGAGACCGACUCACUGGAGUUCUUGGGAAACGGCAAUGAACUUGAAUGGGAAGACGAUACUCCGGUGGCCACUGCCAAGAACAUGCCUGGGGACAGUGCAGAUCUGUUUGGGGAUGGUACAGCAGAGGAUGGCAGUGCUGCCAACGGGCGCUUGUGGCGGACAGUAAUCAUCGGGGAGCAAGAACACCGCAUUGACCUGCAUAUGAUCCGGCCUUACAUGAAGGUGGUCACCCACGGAGGGUACUACGGCGAAGGGCUCAACGCCAUCAUUGUGUUUGCUGCCUGCUUUCUCCCGGACAGCAGCUCCCCAGACUACCACUACAUCAUGGAGAACCUCUUCCUGUACGUCAUCAGCAGCCUGGAGCUGCUGGUGGCCGAGGACUACAUGAUCGUGUAUCUGAAUGGAGCCACCCCCCGGCGGAGGAUGCCGGGCAUCGGCUGGCUGAAGAAGUGUUACCAGAUGAUCGACAGGAGGUUGCGGAAGAAUUUGAAGUCCUUGAUCAUCGUCCAUCCCUCCUGGUUCAUCCGGACCGUGUUGGCCAUCUCUCGCCCCUUCAUCAGCGUCAAGUUCAUCAGUAAGGUCCAGUACGUGCACAGCCUGGAGGAGCUGGAGCAGCUCAUCCCCAUGGAGCACGUGCAGAUCCCAGACUGUGUCCUGCAGUAUGAAGAGGAGAGACUGAGAGCCAGGAGAGAGAGCGCAAGGCCCCAACCAGAAUUCCUUCUGCCCAGGUCUGAAGAGAAGCCAGAGGCGGUGCCAGAGGAAGAUAGGUCUGGUGAAGUUGCAGAAGACCAGGAAACCAGCAUGUCCUGAGGUGGCGCCAGCAUAGAAGAGGACACAAAAGAAGACUGCAGACACCAAGAAACCUCCAUCAGACGUCCUCUGGUCCCAGGUCUCAUCCCACCUUAUCCUGCGUCCCAGUUUUCUGAGGGUGCCACUCUCCACCCACCUCUGGAACCUUGUGUCCAUUUUAGCUGCUUGAAAACAUGUUCAUUUAAAAAAAAAACAAACAAAAAACCACAAUGCAGUAUUAGCACGUUUGGGAAAGGAGCAGGUUCUCAGCCCUCCAUCCUUCCACACUCCUGAGCUCCCGGCCAGGAAGGUAAGACGUGCAGGAUGUGACCCAUGCUCCCAGCCCCCAUGGCCACAGGACACCUCUUGCUUUCCCAGCUGGCCCCUGGCUAGUGCUGACGCAAGGUUCCAGAUCCUUCUCUCACCUGUCUCCUGUCCCAGGUGGGAGCCAUAGACACCUGUCAGCACUGGUCGGGCCUGGGUGUUCCUGUGCCUUUCCUCUCAGAACAUGGUCCCUGCAGUGUGGCCCACUGGCCUGGACAUUCAGCCCCUCCCAGCAGGGCAAUGCCUCGGGCGCCUCCUGGCCUUGAUCUCAUGUUCCAAAUCCUCACCCUGGCUUGUCAUUGGAUAGCCCUUCACCUCUAAGGACAUCACUUUCCUUGGGAGCCUUCGAGCCCAUUGCACAAGUGAAAACUGAUAAUGGUCAGCCGUGUCACGUGGUUACAAAGACACCCUGUCCCAAUCCAGAACAUUCUCAAGCCCCUUUACCUCGGAUGCCACAGCACAAGGCAAUCACAACCGAUACCUCUUCCCAAAGGAAUGAAUUGUGCCCACCUCCCUGUCCCCCCACAGGGCUGGAACACACACUGUGGGCUCCCACCAAGAGGGGAGGCUGAGAAGCCUGCUCUGAAAUACGCAAACUGAGAAAAAGGAAGAUACAGGGUACUUACUGAAUGCUGUGGUGUUUCAAAGGUCACUUGAGAAAAUAAAUCCCAGUGAACUAGACGUUGUGGUCCCCUGAUUUCCAAGCAAGAACCCGUGGAUUCUCACCCAAGAGCACAUUUCCCUAGGAUGAAAGUCAGACUGUGCUCCUGGGCCCUGAGCAGCACUGGGGAACUCCCACACAGUGAGCCCCCACCCCCCGACUCUGGGGACAUUUAAGAAGAAGGAGGACGGGGUUUGCAGAGAGUGGUCUCCUGUGCCAAGUGUGUCUGUGUGGUUGAGUCUGAGCAGGCACAUUCUCCCUGCCCCGGUACUGGGCUCUUGGUGAGUGCUGCGUGGUCAACCAACUCUGCAAGAAGAUCGUUGGCCUCCAUGAAAUGUUCGAUGCUCCCAGACCUGGGACGGCUGGAGCAUGCCUUUUGAGUUAUCUGAACAGCAAGAGGGUGCUGGUGGCAUUAGCAGCAAAGAAAAAAAAAAAAAGCAGAGAUGCAAAACAGUUUGCCACAAGGGACAGGGUCCUCUGUGUCCUGUGCCAAUGUGCCAGCAGCUUCUGCGCUGAGAAGGAUGGGGUAUCCCAGCGAGUCUGGACCUGCAGACUCCACCAUGGAGCUACAGAUUAGGGCUGGGGACAUCUCUGAGUCCUGGUGAGGCUGGAACAUUAAGGGGUCUGGUGUUUUGUUUUUUUAUUUAGGUUUCUCAAAUGGUAAAUAAAGGAUAGGAGAGAGAUGGUGUCCCGGCUCCCCAUGGGUCCCCUGGAGCCUGAGGGAGCUGUGGCUGGUGGACAGGCCUCUCUGGGCUGCCCUCAAAGACCUCCACGCCCCAGGCCCAGCCCUUUCCUGCUCCUUCUCUUCUGACAGGAGGUUCUGUGGUUCUGGCCUUGUGAGAUGAUACCACAUGGCCCAGAAGUCUCCAGGCUGUCCCUUCAGUGAAUGGUGACUCCACCAAAGACACACAGGAUACUGGAAACUGUCAGGCCACCCUGAGGAGGGCACCUGUGGCAGAUGCCAGGUCUGGCUACCACAGUUUGUCCUCAUUGACCAAAGGUACAUGGUCUACCAUGAACCUUUUCUUCCUGUCAGUGAUGGUGAGCCUUCAAUGAAGACCAGGGACCCCCCCCCAAGUCAAAAAAAGGAGCCAACGAUAGAAAUAAAUUCAUUCUACCCAGUCUGACAAUUAAAACCGAGUGCCUACAGUGGCAGGUGACAGAGUGGCAAGACCCCAUCCACCCUCAAGGAGCCAGCAGGCUGAAGAUCCAGGCCACCAGGAAACUCUGGUGGGGACCACCUGUUCCACAGCCAUGGUCUGCCGACCACCCCUUCUGGAUCACCAGCUGCCACAGGGGACAGGCAAGCGGCCCCAAUUUGGCUGCAGCAGACCUCCAGAGAGAAGAGGCCCCAGCAGGCACCCCUGAGACAGAGGCCACCUGUCUGCAGGUGUGAUGUUACACAGCUCUGGUCAAAUGGGGGCACUGUUCCUCGGCCAGUGGAUCGUCCAAAAACUGGCUUUGUGAUAGAUUUGUUCUGGGGGCCAAAAGGCAAUGGAGCCCGAGCCUUCUUUGAAAAGGGAUGCUGGGUUUCUCUCUUGGGACACCUGGGAUGCGUCCUAAAACCUCCUCAGAGGGGCCGUUUGUACCCCACCCUUCCCACGGCAAGACCUGCAGGUUUUGAAUGCAGAAAUGACUGUAGUAACUGCUGUCGUGAUGUGAAGAUACCAUAACCGUGAGCUUUGGGGAUUUUUAUGUGAAAUAAAUAAAGUGUAACUAAGAGAGGAGACUUGAACCCUUUUACUGUUUUCUUGGCACCGGUGUGGGCACAGAGUGGAGAGAAAGCCUCAGACAGUGAAUCUGGGUUUGAGGCCUGAAUCUAAGACCCAUAGCUAGUGACCACUCCCUCCAUAACUGGGGACACAAGCCACCAGCCAACUGCUGGAGAAUUGUGGGUGCCAUGCCUCCCAGACAGUCAGAGUCAAUCUGCCAAGGUCAAGGACGGUAGGACUCCAUGAUGAGGACUUUGGGACUCAGUGGGGUAGUAAGGAUACCAAGGCAAGUGCCACAGGUCUCUGCAAUGUUCUCACUGGGGGUGGUGGUUGGGAAUAGGCAGGUGUGAGCUCACCUGGCUGUACCAUGCGCCUCGAGGGACCUCUGACAAGUAGCCCCUCCCAGAGAGGUGGCCUCAUGGGGCUAGGAGAAGGUGCCCAGGCCAGCAGAGAAGAGAAGGACUCAGAGCUGUGCUGGAAUCACAGAAGCUCCUCGGUUUGGGGGGAAUAGGGUGGUCACCCCCAUUCCUACCUCACUGAGGCUCUGAUUAUCCUGCGGGGGUGCCUGAAGACCUCACAAACUCAUCCAUUUACUUGUGCACUCAUUCACUCAUUUAAGGGCUCUCAGGGGACCAGCUCCUCACAUGGCUCCCGUUCCAAUUGAGGAGUGCAACCUGGAGACCCAGGGUCUCCGUGAGGACCAGCACAGGCCAGGAAGCCUCCCUUCCUGAUCCAAGAUUCAAUGGUGAAGUAGCAGGGGCCAGGCCAGGCCAAAGGAAGGAAAGGUCCCCCUGUGGCAGCAGAGGUAGGUUGGAGCUGGGAGUAGUGCAGGACAUAAGGUGAGCGGGAGAAGCCAGAGGAGGGCCUGGGACCGGCCAGCUUUCAUGAGUGAACAGAAGCCAGAGCUCAAUGGAGAGACUGUUCUUUUUGGUUUUGAUUUUGAUAAAAUGAGUCACUUCACAUAAAGUCAGCCAUUUUUAAAAGUGCAUUCAGCAUGGGCAACCAAACUUUGUCUAGUUCCAGAACAUUCUAUCACUACAAAAGGAAGCACUCCCCCCAUCCCCAUGAGCAAUUUCCCUGUUUCCUCCCCAGCCUCUGGCACCUUCAGCCCACCUCCUGUCUCUGGAUUCACUUGUUCUAGACAUUUCUUAUUAAUGGAGUCACACAUACUGUGUGACAUUAGGGUCACUGGUUAAUGUCAUCGGCCCCCAGGCUGUUUAAGGCCCUGAGCGUCUUCCUUCUCCCCUGGCCUGUGGGGAGGCAGGCAUUGACCCUCAGGUCUCCCAGGUCUUCAUCCAGACCCAUCACAGUCAUCUGGGGCCUCCAUGGAGGCUCCCAGAAAAUCCUUGCCUCCCAAACUGGGCCAGAGAUCCAACCCAGGAACUAGGCUUUCCUGGCGGGAACCUCAAGCUCAUAGACUCAGCCACCCACCCAGCUGCCCAACCAGGCAGCCCAGAGAGGGACAGAGUGGACCCUCAGCCUGGGUGGCUUGGCUGGAGGCAGGAGGGAAAGUGAAGGUCCAGCUGGGAAAGACCACAAUGGCAGGCGCUUAGCACGUGGCCCCAAGGCCACCUUCCUCCCCUGACCUCUGCACUAGGUCCAUCCCACCUGGGGCCACUUAGGGAUGCCAGACAGAAGUCUUGAUUGACAUUUAUCAAUGAUUACAUCAUUCCAGGGGUGAUCCAGAGCAACUGAGGGGUGUACAGGCCCUCUAGGUCACAGGAGGGCAGAGGGUAGGUUGAGGCAGUUGAACUUCUUUUAAUGCAUAUGGAACGGAAAGAGUGUUUGUUUAUUUCAUGGUUUUCUGUUUGUCGUGGUAGUGGCCAGGCAGGUGCUCUACAACUGAGCCACACCCUGGGUUUUACAAAAGAAGAGAAGAAAUACAAAGGAGGACUGGGCUGACCUGUAAGCCCCCAGCAGCCAGGAAGUUGGUAUGUAUUUCCUGGGGUCCCCACAAACUGGCAGACCAGAAAUGUACUUGCUCACAGUUUUGGGGGCCAGAGUCCAAAAUCAAGGUGUCUGAAGACUCCAGGGAAGAGCCUUCCUGCCUCUCCCAGCUUCUGGAGCUGCUGGAGUUUGAGUUUGUAGUUGCAUCACUAAAGUCUCUGCCUGCGUUGUCAUCUGGCUGCCCCCUCUAUCUAUGUCAAAUUCCCCUCUCAGGAGGACCCCAGGAUGAUUCAUUCCUUCUGACAGCAUUUCAUAUUUAUUUGUUUAUUUGUGGGUUUUUUUUUUUUCUUUUUUGAAACAGGGUCUCUCUAUAUAGCCCUGACUAGCCUGGAACUCGCAAUCCCCCUGCCUCAGUCUCCCCAGUGCUGGUAUUAUAGGUGGGUACUACUGUGCCUGCCUUCUCAAGCAUGUAAAUGUCAGCCUAGCACUUUUGUGGGCUCCUAACCUCAGGGAACUCACUGUGUGUGGGGGAGAGGGGGAAUCCAGAAAGGCUUCCUGGGAGAGGCGCUGUCCAAGAUGACACUCAAUGGCCUGGGCAAAAGGAGUCAGAGGGAGGAAGGAAAAAGGGUAAGAAGACACUAUGCAAAGGCCCUGUGGCAAUGGCUGGCUUCUGAGGGCCUAGUGGGCCAAUGGCAGGACCAGGGUUCAGCCUAACAUUCUUAAUGUGUUUCUGUUAAGUGCCAGGGGACUUGACACUUGAUAGAAUGUCCCUAAGAUCCUUUCAGGAGGUCCCCAAGGUCAGUCACACAUGGACAAAGAUUACUUAAAGUAUGAGAUACAUCAAUAGAUUUAUUUAUUUAUUUAUUGGCGGUACUGGGGUUUGAACUCAGGGCCUCACACUUGCUAGGCAGAUGCUCCACCACUUGAGCCUCUCCACCAGCAGAUCAAGAGAUUUUAGUAGAACAGAGUAUGAAAGAGACCAUAAACCUCCAGUGGUCCAGCAGGGCUAUAGAACAAAAAACAGCCUUGAUUAUCUGGAAAGAAAAGAAACUAGUCAAGCCAUCUUCUCCUUUCUUCCUAUGGGGAGCAGGAUUUUCUUCCUACACAUCAUCCAAACAGCCUGUCAAGACAGGCUGAAUGAAGAAGCAGAUAGGAAACUCUUGCUGUCUUCUGCUAACUCAGACAUUUAAGAUACUUGUAAAGAUGGAGAAUCAGGGCUGAGGUGUGGCACGUGCCACCUGAGGCCCUGGGUUCAUCCUCAGCACUGCAAACAACAACAUAAAAGUUAUAGUUACUAAGUUGAAUGCUGGUGGCUCACUCCUGUAAUCCCAGCUACUCAGGAGGAUGAGAUCAGGAGGAUCGCAGUUUGAAGCCAGACCAGGGAAAUAGUUCAU